AUGGGUUCCUCUGCUUCAAAAGGCGCCAGUGCCGCCGGCGCUGCUGCACGCAAGUAUCCGACUCGCGCACCGCCCAGCAAUGUCACAGCGCGCGCUCCCGCGCCGUCCGCACCACGGCAGGCAACCUCUGCCCGGGGCCGCACGGUGGAGGCGGGAGCGCAGUUCAGCGAGAGCAAGCCAGCGGGCGGAGUCAUGGACACGGACGCGCGCGAUGCUGCGUUCGCAGAGCGCCUCGCCAGCCUCGGUGCUGUCCAGCCUAAUCCCCACUACUCGCCUACGUCACGCUCCCAGUUCGACCCCCGGCCGCAGUCGCAGCGACCCGCGCACGAGCUGCUCGGCGAUAUGAUGCAGGCGCCGCCGCAAUCAGCAUUCCCGGACGCGCGCAACAACCCGGUCCUCCGAGUGCUGGAGGCGCGGCAGCGCAUCGCAGACGAGGCCGAGCAAGAGCUGAGCCGGGUGGGAAGGAGGGGGUUCGAGGGGAGGAAGUAUGUGGAUGCGGGCGUCAUUCAGUUGGCGUUGAUGAGGCAAGCGCGUGGCGAGCCGGCGCAGAGGAUCGAGCAAGGCCUGGGUAUCAAGAAGGGGAGGUUGAGCCUGCUCAGUCCUGGCACGGUGGGCGCCGUGCAGACGGACAACUGA